UUGUAAAAUUAGUGUCAAGCGGGUGAAGCGCCUAUUUUGGCAACGGUGUGUGCGUGGACGCGCCCGUAAAGCAAGGGAAUGUGCGAGAGCGCCCGCGUACGCCGGACGUAAGUGCACGUGUGCGUUUGGCCUAGUGAGGCAGCAGGCUAGUCGCCCGUGCUGCGUGGUUGUCAAGGAGAAUGGAGCGGGAUGGCGCACUUCGCCGCACGUAAGUAGGAAAGUUUGGAACACUCCUCGUCCAAAGGAAAUUGAUGUGAUCUGAGACAGAAUUUCUCUCCCAUCUCAAAGUGAGAUGGCCACACAUGGCCUCCAGUGGACUUGACCGCUCAAAGUUGAGCACUACCUCUAAAUCGAAUGGUGAUGCCAGUACAGAUGCGCCUUUGACUAAACGCUCUAAUCAGUUCUCUUUGCGCUCGCUGGAGAAGAGGUUUAGAUGUACUGUACACCCUCUGCCACCCCUGAACUAUCGCCAUGGAACACCUAAUAAUGUGAGAGUUCUUCCAGAUCGGAUCCAUGUAUUCUCAGGAAUUUCUUCACACCCAAACUACCUCACAAAUAAAAGCACAUUAAAUGGCAAUGUUGCCAGUAGUUCACAAUUAGUUACAAAGGCUGCACAAAAUUCCGUUGAGUCUUCACCACUUUUUGAAAACCUCUGCCUUUUUGAACAGGCAAUCCAUCGCUGUGGGCCUUCCUGGCGUGUGGAGAAUCUCAGGUGUGGAUCUAAAAUUUUGGGGAAGAGGGCAUUUUCCUCACCCCAGCAAACUCUUUCACAUAGCUGUUCUGCAUCUCUCAAGGGAAGUCUUACUGUGCAUUCCAGUAGCACGCGAGUUACUUCCUCGUGUUCUCAGACAAGUAGGCCUGCAGUUAAGAGGAAUGUCUUCAUGAGACCUACCAGUGCAAAAGUGCCUCACUACACCACUCCAGAAAGAAACAGUAUGUGGGCUCGGUCUUCUACUGCAGUUUCGCACUGUUAUGAAAUUAAGGGAAACAGUGAUGGAAGCAUAAGAAAAAAUGAGCCUCUUCCAUUAUUUAGUCAAUCAUUGCAUUUCCAUCCAGACUCAUUACAGACAAGUCUUUCCUCAAAAGAGCAUGAAAAAAAUGGGAAUGAAAUUCUUGGGGGUCUUCCCUGGCAAGCUUCCAACAUGGAAAUUAAUCCUAAAGUUUCUGAAUCAGAGAAGAAAGCCUGGUGGCCUGAGGCUGGUGAUGGUCCUGAAAUCAUGUUGACUGAAGCAGUUAGAAGGCUGGCAGGAAGUGGCUCUCCGAAGAAAACUGGAAGGCUGAAUGAAAUUAGUGGUAGGGUUCAAGGGAACAUAGAAAAUCCUAUUGGAAAAUGGUACAUACAAGACAGUCCAACAAAAGGCACUAACAAAAGGAAGAUUGAAUCAGAAGGGUUGCAUUCUUUGUCUUGGGGAGAGCUGAACUGUCAGUCAGCUACUGAGAUAAGUAAAGCUUGCCUUACAAAUGGUGACUUAUGCAAUGGUUUUGCACAGACUAAUAUGCUGAGCAUUCCAGGUUAUGCUACUGAAAUAUUUUCGCAACAAAGUAUUGAAUGUAGCAUAGAUGUGACCUCAAGGAAUCUCCAAAGUGUACAGCAGUGUGACACAAAUAUGACAGUGGUUGACUUGGAGCCAGUGUCCGUCACUUCCGUAACUACACAGAUCUCUGCAAUACAUCUGCAUGUGGGUCAUGAGGCGUCUGUUCCUGAGACUAAGGAAGAUGAUUCUGCUGUAGAAGGAUGUGGCAACUCUCCAACAUCUCAAGAUCUCAGCAGCCAGCUUCAGGAUUGUUUUGAUGACGAAGAAGAACUUCCAAGUAGCCUUGAAAAUGAAUGCAGUGAUGAUGAUGAUAGUGAUCAGUCAGAUUGUUCUUUAACAGAUGUAUCCUCCUCUGCAUCCUCAAUGGUUGUACCAAGGAACUACAGUAAAGAGUCUGUCCAAAUAAACACAGAGGAAAAAAUUGUGAAGCCUGCUUUAGUGCCAAGCUUAUUUUCCAAUAUGCCUUCUACCAUCUAUUUCAGCACAGCAGAUGAAAUAGUUGAAGUGCUGCCAUCAGAACAGAGGAAGCUGCUGAAGUGGAAGAUGAGUACAGUUACUCCAAAUGUAGUGAAACUGACCAUAGCAAGAUCACACUUUAAAGUGACUAAAAAAAGCCAUGAUUGGUUAGGCUGUUGGGGUCAUCACAUGAAGUCUCCAGGAUUUAAGGUCAUCAGGGAGUACCAGAAGUUAAAUCAUUUUCCAGGUUCCUUUCAAAUUGGGCGGAAAGAUCGUUUGUGGCGUAACCUUUCCAAGAUGCAGGCACGUUUUGGAAAAAAAGAAUUCAACUUCUUCCCACAAUCCUUUGUAUUGCCACAGGAUAUAAAGCUGCUUAAAAAGUCGUGGGAGGAAAAUGGUAGCAAACAAAAAUGGAUUGUGAAACCACCUGCAUCUGCCAGAGGAAUAGGGAUCCAGGUAAUUCACAAAUGGAGUCAGCUACCAAAAAGGAGACCCCUUUUAGUACAGAAAUAUCUUCAUAAACCCUACCUCAUCAGUGGAAGCAAAUUUGAUUUAAGGAUAUAUGUUUAUGUGACGUCUUAUGAUCCACUUCGAAUCUACAUGUUUACAGAUGGCUUGGUCCGUUUUGCAAGUUGCAAGUAUUCCUCUUCAAUGAAGAGUCUGAGCAACAAGUUUAUGCACUUAACUAACUAUAGUGUGAACAAAAAAAAUUCUGAGUACAAGUCCAACAGUGAUGAGAGUGCCUGUCAAGGUCACAAAUGGGCUUUGAAAGCACUGUGGAACUACUUGAGCCAAAAAGGAGUCAACACUGAUGCAAUAUGGGAAAAAAUUAAGGACAUGGUGAUAAAAACUAUUAUCGCGUCAGAUCCUUAUGUAAACAGCUUGCUUAAGAUGCAUGUGCGUCAUCCAUAUUGCUGCCAUGAACUUUUUGGGUUUGACAUCAUGUUAGAUGAAAAUCUUAAGCCCUGGGUCUUGGAGGUUAACAUAUCUCCCAGCCUUCACUCCAAUUCGCCAUUGGACAUAAAGAUAAAGGGGCAGAUGAUCAGAGAUUUGUUAAACCUUGCAGGAUUUUUGCUACCUCAGAAAGAAGAUUUGAGUUUGGCAACUCAUUCAGGUGGCUCAACAAGCAGCUUAUCUGGAAGUGUAAAAGAGAAAUACAGGCAUUUUUCUGAACUUUCAUCAGAUGACAAAAUGAAGAGAGCUUACUACUUAAGCCAGAGAUUUGCAGAUGAGGAGUUCUUAUCUAGUAUCCUAGAUGUUUUAACUCCUGAAGAUAUUCGGAAUCUUUGUGAAACUGAAGAUGAGUAUUACCGGAGAGGUGAUUUUCAACGUGUUUUUCCUUCAUCUUGUUCUGCUCGUUAUCUCAGAUUUUUUGAACAGCCACGAUACCUAAAUAUUCUUUUGAACCAAUGGGAACAGAAAUACUAUAUGGAUAAAGACAAAGGUAUUGAACUAUUGAAAGUUUUCUGUCAAAAAGGAGUUCACUUGGGAGAUAGAUGUGACCCUUCGCAUGUGUGGUCAUUAAAACACAACCCAAAUCUGAAAUCUGAUCCUCAUGUUAAUAUUUUUUUCCAAAAUGGAUGUCACUAAAGUUGGUUACAAUACUAUUGGAAGAAGGCAAAUACUGAUUUCAAGAUGGUGACAAAAGAUGCUCGGAUACAGAUGCUCGGAUGAGACUGCUUACAGUGUAGAAGAUUUGUGGACCAUUGAUUAUUUACUUAUGCAGUAUGUUUCCAAGAAUAUACAGGAUGUUUCCUUAACCCUUCAAGCACAAGAGAAAUAUUGUACAUGCUUUAGUUUCUGCAUAUCCAUUUCCUGACCUCCUCCUACCAAUAUAUGUGGCAAAUACGUUUACAGUAGCAGUGUGCUGUAAAUAUCAGUUUUUAAACUUCUGGUAAAAAUCAGCAUUUUUGAUUCUUAAAGAUCAAAAAAAAAGCAAGGUUCCAUUUUCUAAAAGCUUAAAAAGUGUUUAAUAGGCAUAAAACAGUGUUUUCUCUGUCAAAUCAGUUUUUGUAUAGGAAUGAAAGCUAAUCCACUUAAACAUAAAGCUGUAUAAACAUAAAGCUGUAUUCAGAGAAUAACAGAGUUCUUAAAUUUUCAAUUUGAAUUAGUUGUGCAAUUGCCAGUAUAUUUCUCAAAGUAUUUGCUUUAUAUAUUAGAAAUCCGCUUCAGAUUUUUAAAAUGGCAGUUUUUCCCAGAGUGUUAUUUUUUUUUUUUGUUUUGUUUUUUCUCCCUGUGUUACUGUUUUGAUAAUUAUAGCAUGUAGCUUGUUUACUUUUAGCUGCUAGCUGGCCAACUUUAAUUACAUUUUGCAAUAUGCACAUUUAUUCUGAAAACCCUGGCAUUUCAUUACGUUUCUCACUAUAGAAACCUUUUUAAAAUCCCCAAGUCAUUCAUUUUAGUAGAUUGUUUUAUACCUGCAGUGUUGACAGUAUAAUUAAAUAACACCCUUUUUAAAUUAAAUCAUGUGCUCUUGUGCUUUUUAAUAAUUUGCUGUCAAAAAUAAACUACUGUCCUGCAUGUAAUUUUAUGGCUGUUAAAGAAAUGUUCCCCACUACUAAAUAGGAAUAGCACAUGCUACAGUGGUCUUAAAAUGAAGUAUAUAUUUGAUCUGCCAAUA